AUGCCGCCCAAGAAGCGGUCCAAUGGGCCAUCCCAGCCCUCAACACCAUCGAAGAAGCAGAAGCCGGGCCAGCAGUCGGCUUUGACCUCGUUCUUCACCAGUCCCUCGUCCUCGUCCAGAGCGACAUUCGCAGCCGAGCCGACAUCACCAAUACCAAGUGCAGCGAAGGCCAAGCAGAAGGAAAUCGUAAUAGACGUGGACGAUGAGGAGAACAACAAGGCCAGGAUGGAUGCAGCGACGUCACAAGAAGAGAAGGAUGCUGCGUUCGCGGUAGAGCUGGCGGCGCAGGAGGCAGGUUUGACAGUAGCCGAGUACAAGUCGAGGAUGCAAGGCGAUGAAGAUCUCGCUCGAAGGUUGCAUCAAGAAUGGUCUGGUGAGAAUGGCGAAAGCAGUCAGCACGUCGACGAAAAGCAGACACCACCAACGCGGUCUCCUCCAAGGAAGCCGACGACACCCGCGACACCGACCUCGCCAAGCAAGAGGCCGCCUGUCACUCCCAAACCAGUCGACUUGGCAGCCAUGGACGCUGCGAUACAAGCCAUCCCGCUCGGCGACGACAUCUUUGUGUUCGACCCUUGGGCGAUCGACACAUCCACCUGGCCCAUGAUCAGCGACAAAGAGGGCAAGCUGGCGCCGACAACCCCCUACGCUCUCCUCACCCACGCCUUCGUGCUCAUCACGGCGACGCGAUCGCGACUUGCCAUCACCACCCUGCUCACCAAUCUCCUCCGCACAGUGCGUGCGCACGAUCCAGACUCCUUACUCCCGACCGUGUAUCUGGUCAGCAACCACAUCGCACCUCCCUACGAUGGCAUCGAGUUGGGCCUGGGCGGGUCGGUGAUCAACAAGGGCAUCAAAUCGGUCACCGGCAAGUCGGCGCGCUUCAUGAAGCAGGUGUGGGACAAGACGGGCGAUCCGGGCGAUGUCGCGUACGAGGCCAAGAAGGAUGUCAAAGCCCUGGUCCGACCCGCACCUAUCACUGUGCAGCGGCUUUUCUCGAAUCUGCACAGCAUCGCGCGGCUCAGCGGGCAGGGAAGUGCGAACCAGAAGCUUGGGUACGUGACGAAGCUGCUGGUCGCGAGUCGUGGCGAAGAGACGCGAUUUCUGGUCAGGACCUUCAUCAGCCAUUUGCGGAUCCAGGCGGUGAGGACGACGAUUGCCACUGCGCUGGCGAGGACGUUUGCGCUCGUAGAAGAUGGAGCGUCGCCGGUAGAGCCGAGCAACCAGAAAGAGAAGGAGAGGGCGGUGCUCCUCCUCGUUCAUCCGCACGAGCGGAAAGGCAUCUUGGCCAACGCAGUCAAGCCGAAAGAACGACAAGAUCCGCAACGUCUCGCAUUGAUGGAGCGUCUAGCGAGGGCAGAGAAGCUCGUACGCGAGGUGCGCGCUCGCCAUCCUAAUUUCGGCGUCAUUGUCCCCUCGUUGCUGCAGUACGGACUGGCAGGCCUGUCGGAACAUGUACCACUGCGUAUCGGCACACCGAUCUCCCCAAUGCUGGGAUCCAUCACGCGCUCGCUGGGCGCUAUGCACGAGAAGCUGGGACCAAGAGCCUUCGUCUCCGAGUUCAAGUAUGACGGGCAACGGUGUCAAAUCCAUGCGAUCUACGUGCCAAAGAGCGCGGGACCUGAGGCGCGGAAAAGCAUCAAGGACGGCGACACCAAGAACGGCAAGUGGGUGGGCAAAGAUGGUGAGGUGUACGUAAGAUUGUUCUCUCGCCAUCUGGAGACAAUGACGGAGAAGUAUCCGGACAUUACGGACAUGGUGCCGAUCUUGAUGGGGCAAGAGACCGAGGCGGACGCCAAAUUUGGGAUGAACGCCUUCGCAGAUACUUCGACGUCUGUCGUGAAGCAAGAGUCGCAGGACGGGGACGUAGAAGAUGCGACGGUCAAGACCGAGGAGGCAAGUGCUAAAGGGACGUUGGCUCCGCGUCAGCCGAUCACGUCGUUCAUCAUGGACGCAGAGGUGGUAGCGAUGGACCUCGACGGCCGUCUCCUACCCUUUCAGACCCUAGCCAACCGCAGCCGCAAGGACGUCAAUCUGCACGACAUCAAGGUGAAGGUGGGCGUCUUCGCCUUCGAUCUGAUGUAUCUCGACGGCGAUUCGCUGCUCAAGUCUUCCUUCCGUACGAGGCGAAACCUGCUGCAUAGUCGCUUUCUCCAACUCUUUCCGCAGAGCCCGCUGAUCGCCCGAUUUGCCCACGUGCGCUCCUGCGAGAGCACCGACCCGGACGACGUAGCGCGCUUCUUUACGCAGGCGCAAGAGUACAAGUGCGAGGGGAUCAUGGUCAAGUCGCUCGACCAUCAUUGGGAGGCUCCGCCAGAAGGCAAGGACGAAGACGAUGCCGCUCGAUCGGACGACGACGCGGACGAUGACACGCACGUUGCCUCCAAUCGGCUUCAACAGCUGGCUGACGUGGUGGACGACGACCUGGCGAUGGACAACGAAGACGAGGCGAUUCAGACGCUCGACGAUUCUGGGCGAAGCAAGCGGCCGGCUUCCGACCCAUCCCCCGUCGAGAUUGGCAAAGGCGUCAACGGCCGCGGCAAAGCCCUCUUAUCGACGUACGAGCCUGACAAACGCUGCGAGUCGUGGCUCAAAGUCAAAAAGGACUACGUCGACGGGCUUGGUGACUCGCUCGACCUUGUUCCCAUCGGCGCAUGGCACGGUAUGGGCCGCAAAGCGACGUGGUGGUCGCCCAUGCUGCUCGCGCUCUACGAUCCCACCACCGGCGUGCUACAGGCGGUAUGCAAGUGCAUCUCGGGCUUCACAGAUGCGUUCUACAAGGACCUCAACGUGCGGUAUGCUGAAGGAUCCGACACAUGUGUGCCGGCGCGGUGGGGCGAGCCAUCGCCAUUUGGGAUCGAGUUGGAAACGGGCAGCCUGUGGCCCGAUGUCUGGUGGAAGCCAAGCGAGGUCUGGGAGAUCCGUGGCGCCGACGUGACUGUCAGUCCGAACUACACGGCUGCGAUCGGCCUGGUGAGCGAGGAGAGGGGACUGUCGAUUCGCUUCCCAAGGUUCAUCAAGAGGAGAGAGGACAAGUCGAUCGAGCAGGCAAGCACGCCUGCAAGUCUAGCCAAGAUCUACUUUGAGCAGCAGAAGGCUGCGCCUGCACCUGGAGACGGUGGCGGCGAGAAGAACGAAGACGACGAGGCUGCCAGCGAGGACGAGCGCGAGGAGGCGAGGGCCAAGAUCAGCGUCGAGGACGAUUUCGAGUUCUGA